AUCAUAGGGUAUGAAGUCGAUGCACCGUGGAUAUUAUUGCACCCGACUCCCUAUACUUAUUAUACUCUUUGCCACUUAUUGUCAUUGACAUUCCUUGACAUAAUUAUUGCGUUUGUAAAUACAAAGUUUUGAACAAGAAAUAGUCAAAUAAAAUGUUUUUAACAUGGGCAUCUUUCAACAAUAUAAGGAUGCUUAUGAUGGCUUGCAUGCCUGUUGUAAUAUUCUACUUAAUAUGGCUAGUCAAUACAUCGGAAGGGAUUCGAAGUGAAGAGGGCACCCUAUUGGAUCUCGUCUGUUGGCCAGAUGGCAAUGCUAUACCUGUUAUUAUAGCUUGUGGCUCUAUUAUUGCAGUUGUUAUAGAGCUGUAUGGUUUAUACCAGUUAUUCAAAGCUGGAUUACCAAAAAGAGAAUAUGACGUCACUAACGGACUGUUCUACUACGUUUGGGCCCUUAUCAUAAUGAUCAUCAUUUUCUUGGCAAUCAUGUUCUAUUCUGGACUACAAUCGACUAUAAUAAGAGCCAAAAUAAAAGGUGGUAUAACAAAAGCCAUGCUGAGAUAUUCAAGUCACCUGCCGUCAAAGGUGGCCAUAGACCGAUUGCAGACCAGAUUCCAUUGCUGCGGCCGAGUCAACUUCCAGGAGUGGUUCUUUAUACCGUGGUACAUGAACGGGGAGAAUAUUGAUUCAAAGACUUUUUCAAACCACAAGUUCGUAUCGGACAACGUCCCGUACAGCUGCUGCUCCACAGAAGAACUCUACCCCUGCAUACACCAUGGAGUCACACAGAUGGGCACUAUAUACAAGUACAACCCUGCGACACAAUUGACAAUAUGGAACGCAGGUUGUGAGGAGAAACUAAUCAGCGAAAUGAUGACCGUCUCGUGGCGGUUCAAUGCUGUUAUGGCGCUAAUUAUAAUUGCGAUGAUAAUGCAAGUGGUCGCAGUGCGCUACCUCCACACAGCUUAUAGAAGCGGUUUGCACGUCGGCAACCAGAUCACUUGCAAAGCGUAUCUUCUACGCUCCUUGACAGACACGGAGCCUCUGAAGGACCAAUCUAGAAAGAAAGUGUUCAAGAAGAGAAAGUUUCGACAAGCUAGGACUUUACAUUGGGUAUCCGUAUCGUAUAGACGAGGGAAGAAAAGAUAUUUGACGUCAUCCGGGUCUGACAUCAACAGCUCUGAUGAAUUGUUGAAGCCGAUUUAUGAAUAGAUUAAGAGAACGAUCUUGAUAAGAUGUAAAUGGUUAAGUUUAGAUGUUGGACGAUAGCAAAUCCUUGUGAAGAAAUCGGACAAGAAAGAAGAAUUUGAUUUUGAAAGCAAUGAAAACAUGCGGAUAGUAUCAGCUUCUUUUUGCCAGUUAAAAAUGUUGAUGAGUCAAUUUCUAGAGAUAGAGGAACAUACUGCUGCAGAUGGUCAAACUUGGGUGUCACAACAAAUCAGUUUUUUUAUGAAAGAAGCCGGUAAACGAGCUGACGAAUCACCUGAUACUAAGAAAUCACCGUCGUCAAUGGACACCCGAAACACCAGAGGCGUUUUUGGGGUUUGGAAUUUAAGGGUUGUUAGGGAAGUUGGGAAGAGAGUAGGGGUAGAAGUUACUUGUCUGUCCC